CAUAAUUUUAGAAAGCGUUUUAUAUAAAAGCUCUUGGGUGCAAUAAGUUCACAACAUUCACUAUCAAUAAACGAUUUCCGUUAACAACUAGCAAAAUAGAGCUACUCAUAAUGUUGACUAAGAUUAUCCUCAGUUGUCUUUUGAUAGCAGUUACUGCAGCUGAUCAGCAUCAUGAUCAUCAUGAGCAUCAUCAUGCUCACCCCUACAAGUUCGGAUAUGUUGCGAAAGGCAAAGACGGAUCCCACCACAGACACGAGGAAGGCGAUGGACACGGAGGAGUGAAGGGCAGCUACGGAUACGUUGACCAUCACGGAAUCCACCGAGAAGUUCACUAUGUAGCGGAUAAGGGAGGAUUCAGAGCAGAAGUCAAGACCAAUGAACCCGGAACAGCCAAUCAGGAUCCAGCUCACGUCAAACUUCAUUCUCAUGCUUCUCACCAUCACCAUCAAGAACCUCAUCAUCAUCACCAUCAAGAACCUCACCAUGCUCAACAUCAUCAUCACCAACAACCUCACCAUGCUCAUCAUCAUCAACACCAAGAACCUCACCAUGCUCAUCAUCAUCAUCACCAACAACCUCACCAUGCUCAUCAUCAUGAGCACCAUGGACAUCAAUGGAAACAUCAUGCUUAAAUUUAAAAAAAAAAAAAACUCUUAA